AUGCGUACUACAGUGAAGUGGUCAGAGAUGCCGUCCGGUGGGGACGGCGAGUCUCCCCCCAUUUACAGUCUCUGUUACAGUCCAACCGCAGACAACAUUAUGGUUGCUUCCGGAGUUCGGGUGUUGAUCUACGACGCCAGCAUGGGAUCUGUCUUACGCUCCCUUAAAGGGCAUACUGACACGGUGUACUGUGUUGCUUGUUCCCAUGACGGCAAGUCCUUGGCAAGUGGAGGGGCGGAUAAGACUGUUAUUCUCUGGAAUAACAAGUGGGAGGGUGUGUUAAAGUAUCAGCACAAGGAAUCUGUGCAGGCCCUGGCCUACAAUCCCUCAACUGGGCAGCUUGUUUCUGUAGCGAGCUCCGACUAUGGGGUUUGGUCCCCAGACCAGGCGAAGGUAGGGAAAAACACGCUGCCAUCUAAAGGACUUUGUGCCGCUUGGUCUCGAGAUGGAGAAUCGUUGGCUAUCGGGCUUUUCGACGGCACUGUUCUCUUGAUUUCUCCGUCCGCCUCGGAGAGGGUGGUGAUUAAACGCACCGCCCCUGUCUGGACACUCGCGUUUUCGCCCAUAACCGAAAACGGUUUGGACGUCCUCGUUGUGGGAUCGUGGGAUAGACGACUUUCUUUCUACAACACCCAGGGGAAUUCCAUAAGCAAAGAGAAGGAACUUCCGUGUGACCCUUGUUGUAUCUCCUUUUACGGAAAAGGUAGCUUCCUGCUGGUGAGUGGGAGCGACCACAAGGUGACACUCUACACAAAGGACGGUAACAUGCUUGUUAAUGUGGUCAAUGCCAAUGACUGGAUAUGGUCGGUGCAUCAGCGCCCGGGCAGCCCGCAAGUUUGCUGCGGAACAAAUGACGGCAACCUCAGCGCCAUUGAAAUUGCUGUGCCCACCGUGCACAGCAUCUACCAUGAUCAGUAUGUUUACCGUGACAAGAUGACUGACAUCGUCGUCCAUCAGCUAACACUAGAGAGGAAGAUACGUAUUCCUUGCAAUGACUACGUUCGCAAGCUGGCUAUGUACAGAGAUCGUCUUGCAGUACAGCUUCAAGAUAGAAUUGUCGUGUUUGAACUUUACUACGAUGACGAAAGGCAACUACGGUUUCAGGAUAUUGCACAUGUUGGAAAAAAGCUGGAGUGCAAUCUCCUCUGUGUAACAUUCAACGCCGUCCUUGUAUGCUUUGAGCGGCGACUAACCAUGUAUGACUUUCAAGGCAAUAAGCGCAGAGAGUGGGCCUUUGAAACUCCUGUUCGCUACAUAAGAGUGGUUGGCGGCGCAGAAGGAAAAGAAGUUCUUUUAGUUGGACUAAAAAAUGGGGCGGCGUUACGCGUUUCCAUCGACAAUCCUUUCCCCACAACAUUGGUGAAGAUCAACAGUCCUAUUCGCUGCCUCGACGUUAGCUGCAUGCGCGGCAAACUGGCUGUGGUUGACGAAAACGAGUUACUGCAGGUAUUCGACCUUCGAAAAGAAAACGAGGUGUUGUUCACAGAAACCGGCGUGCUGGCCGUCGCAUGUAACACGGAAUAUGAUGACAUGAUUAGCUACACCACAUCGGUCAACAUGUUGAACAUUAAAACAGGUUCCCUCCCUCCCUAUCAGCAGAAGAUACCAGGAUUUGUCGUAGGUUUCAAGGCCAAUCGCGUCUUUAAUCUUAACUCCACAGUGAUUGACGUGGUGGAGGUGCCGCACUCGCAUGCCCUCUAUCGCUACGUGGAGAAGAAGGACUUUGAUUCUGCCUAUCGUAUUGCGUGCCUCGGUGUCACAGAAGGGGAUUGGAAGAUGCUUGGGAUGCAUGCCAUGACACAACUACGGUUGGACAUCGCACGGAGGGCAUUUAUUCGGAUUCAUGAAGUGAAGUUUGUUGAAUUGCUUAAUCGGUUGGAGUUGGAGCGGCGUCAAGGCACUGCUAAGGAGAAUUCCGAAAAUGACGCUCUUCUUAUGGGAGACAUUAUGGCAUACCAGGGCAGGUAUCAGGAGGCGGCAAGGUACUUCCUGAGAGCGGGACAAGAGAAUAAGGCCAUUGAAAUGUUCUGUGACUUAAAAAUGUGGAAGGAAGCCAAAAAAAUUUGCAGCAACGAAAAAUACUUGAAGGAGUUGAUUUUUCAGCAGGCUCGGUGGGCGGAGGAUUCCCAGAAUUACAUCGAGGCUGCAUCCUUGUAUCAAGCCUGUGGGGACGCAGGAAAAGCAAUUGCCAUGACGCGUUUAGCGGGUCAGCUUGACAAGUUAAUGGAAAUGUGUAGAGCACUGCCGCGCUCGGAAGUGGCUCUCAUCACAGAAUGUGCUGAAUACUUCAGGAAACAUGACGCAAAACAGUACGCAUUGGAAGCAUACGAAAGGGUGGGAGAUAUUCGCUCCGUUAUCGCUCUUCAUGUGGGGGUGCAGGAGUGGAGAGAGGCGUUUGCCUUUCUUGAGCGUUACCCCUCGUACAUCCGUGAGGUGUAUGUCCCAUGGGCGACUUGGUUGGCGGAAAAUGGCAAAUUUGAGGAGGCCCUCGAGGCGUAUCGACUAGCCAAGUGGCCGAGGGAGGCAGUUCGUGUGACGGAAGCACUUGCAGCGAAUAGCGUGGUGUGUCGCAAGUUUCGUGAUGCUGCCUUUUAUUACAUGCAUCUUGCCAGGGAGUGGGGGGUGUUGGAGGAUGGCCAACAACUGACAGAGGCGCAGUGGGCAAAGCGAAUGCAGCUUAGCGCGGAAUGUGUCCGUCGGGCUGAUAUUUACUAUGCCUAUCACUUUGUCUAUACCUACGCAACGCAGCCGUUUCCGUACGACGAAGUGGUACUGUUCAAUUUAUCCAAGUAUGUGGUGUCGGUGCUGAGCGGCGCUGUUGUUCCGUUGAAUGUGGGGAAAGGCGAAGUGCUCUACACGCUCGCGCGUGUUGCAAAUCAACUGAACAUGACCCGCAUAUCGCGUGUGGCGCUUGAACUGCUUCAGGCUGUUGUUCUUCCCAUAAAGGUCACGGAGCAGGUUGAUGUGGAUAGUCUGUUGAUACGCAGCAAGGCCUACACGGACAGGGAAGAUCUUCAAGACGUAUGCUUCCGCUGCAAGCAGGCUGUGCCGCAACUCACGAAUCCGGGCGAUCGGUGCCCAAACUGUGCCCAUCCUUUUGUCCGCUCCUUUGUAAAUUUUCAUGCUCUUCCCCUCGUGGAGUUUACCUUGUCGAACGAGCUCGGCGAUGCGGAGGCAGAGCGCAUUAUUCUGGCUGGUUCAGGGCGCAAGGCGGCGGAAGCAAACAACGAGAACGGGUAUAGAAAUGACAGUGGGUGGAAAGCGGACACCGGCGCCGAUGUGAUUACGUUUGCUGAGGAAGAGGACAACAUAGAUGCCAUGAUAGAUCAGCAAAUGACUGCCAUGGGACGCGCGUCCGCCACUGGGCGAGAUCCGUUUCAAGCGCAAUUGGCAUACGUCACACGACCCGGCAGACCAAACGCCGAGUACCAGCCGUUUGUUGCGAACGCUGAGAUGCUUCGUCGGAUGCGUCGCGAUGAAGUGUUUAUCGUAAAGGCUGGCUUUGGAACACUUCCAAUGCAAAACAAAUACUACCGCGUGAUGAACCGCAGUGUGGGCAUCGUCCUUUGCCCGGGGUGUCAACACUUCUUCACGGAAGACGAAUACGAGUAUGAAUGCAUGAAGGGAAGUGGGUGUCCGCUGUGUCGUCAUAGGAUGGGGCGGCAAACGCAGCGCUCAGUAAAGCGGAUGCUUUACGAUAUUCUGGACAGUGAAAAAUAG